AUGGAAUUGAACUAUGAUUCCAGUUCUUCAAGUCCAAGGGAGGAUGAACUUAACGAGUAUUUGUUAAUGGAUUUUAUCGAAGAAAAUCGUGAACUUCAAGCAGUAAAGGAUGCAAUAAGAUACUUUGUUAAUUCCACUGCAGAAAGAGAUAGAAGUCAUGGUCUACUUGCUAAUUACUUUUGUAACCAACCAUUAUAUGAUGAGCGCCAAUUUCGGCAUAGGUUUCGCAUGAGAAAACACGUAUUCAUUUGCAUUGUGGAUACCUUAAGUGUCCAUGAACGUUUCUUCCAGCAACAUCCAGAUGCAUGUAAGCGACAAGGUGUUACAGCUCUUCAAAAGUGCACAGCAGCUAUAAGAAUGUUACCAUAUGGAUGUGCAGCUGAUCAAAUCGACGAGUAUUUGAAAUUGCCACUUACCUUCGGAAGCCGACACUUGACGAUCUCCAAAGUCUACGCAGAGAAGGGGAAGAUAGAGACUUUCCUGUUAGAAGGAAAAUCUAGAACGGCGACUGUAAUUUUGAAAGUCGUUGCUUCAAGGGAUUUAUUGAUUUGGCAUGCUUUUUUUGGUACACCUGGUUCUUGCAACGACAUCAAUGUACUCCAACACUCUCCUAGUUUUGAUACUAUUCUUAAUGGUCGAGCUCCACAAGUACAAUUCAAUGUAAACGAAAAUACCUACAAUAAAGGGUUGUUCACUCAAAACCAAGAAAGUGCACGAAAGAAUGUUGAACGUGCCUUUGGUGUACUACAAGCUCGAUUUGCAAUUAUUCAAAAACCAGCUUUGGCAUGGAGUGCGACUAUGUUAUGGAAGAUCAUGAUGGCAUGUAUUAUUAUCCAUAAUAUGAUUGUAGAAGACGAGCGCAACACUUACACAAAUUAUAAAGACCCCCAAGAGUUCUCCCAAGAACAAUCUGAAAAUGUACCGGGAUCUUCAAGCGGUAAUGCUAUAACAUUUUCUGUCACGCCAGGGCGAUAUGACGAACACAACUUUGUGACACUAUUAGCUACAAGAGAAGAGAUUCGUGAUAGACAAGCACAUUUUUCUUUGAAGAAUGAUUUGAUCGACCACUUAUGGCAUAAGUUCGAAAGCUCGUACUCUGACUAA